AUCCAAAGAAUAAAAGAAGCAUUGCCGAGGUCCAGAUUAAAACAUGGGAGAGCAAAGAAAAAAUUUCGCUACUAACGAGGUCGUUGCAUAAAUACAAACAACUUUAUAUUGGAGAUCUGGAUGGUGAUGAAGGUGACAUUGAAACGGAAAAUCGAGCUACUCGACGACCAGUUACCGGAAAUCUUAGCAUCCGUGUACUUCAGGCACGUUUUAUUGCCCAUUCUCCGGCACGAACGAAAAAAGACCCUGAGACUGUCGUCGUCAUUAAAGUCGACGGUUCACAAAAAGGAAAGACCCGCACAACACGUAAUGAUCGUUGGAACGAAGAUUUUGAAAUUUAUGUAGAAAAGGCUAGUGAAGCAGAAAUCACAAUUUACGAUAAGCCCAAUGAAAACCUAGUACCUAUCGGUCUCAUGUGGAUCAAAAUUUCUGAUAUUGCUGAAGAACUUCGGAAAAAAAAGAUUGAGACGGGAGGCGGAGGGUGGGUUACCGCUUCCAAUCCUCAAUUUGAUAUGCAGUCAUUUCCACAGAGUGAACCGUACGGUAUUCCAUAUUCAUCGGCUCAAGCUCAACAGGGCGUUGGAUCCACGGUUACGCAAGAUGGUAUUGAAGCUUGGUUCGAAAUUGAACCAGUUGGUCAAAUUUUGCUCAAGUUAAACUUUGUUAAAGAGAAUGCACGAACACGUCCUGCGGAUGCCGGUCUCGGUCGGCAAAAAGCUUUCCGUAAACGCAAAGGAGAAGUGCAUGAACAGAAUGGACACAAGUUUCUUCAACAAAUAUUUUAUCAGAUUAUAAAAUGUGCUUACUGUGAAGAAUUAUUUGUGAAUGAGGGAUUCCGAUGUGAAGAUUGUAAAUUAACGUGCCAUAGAAAAUGUUACACCAAAAUUGUCACGAAAUGUAUUUGCAUGUCAAAUUCUGAAAUGGAUUCAGAUUACAAACAACUUAAUCACCGUAUUCCACAUCGCUUUGAAGCGAUCAACAAUCUCACUGCAAAUUGGUGCUGUCAUUGUGGUUACAUGUUACCAUUUAGCAAGAAAAAAUGUUCCGAAUGUAAUAUAACCUGUCACGCAAAAUGCGCUCUUCUUGUACCGGAUUUCUGUGGAAUGUCCAUGAGGCGUGCCAGUGAAAUGAUCGAGCAAAUUCAACAAGCUAAUAUUAUAAGGAAAAAUGCGAUCGAAGAUACUAAUCGUAUUAAUAGUAAUCGAGAAAAACUUAAUGUUGAUCGCGUGUCCGAUCAACCACCAAAAUCUCCGAAUUUAUCAUCCCAUAACGAUCUUCAAGAUCAGAAUCCGUAUCCCCCACCGCAGCAAUAUAAUCCCCCAUCUCCCAAGGUCACGCAAGAUAUCCCCGACAAUGAGCCAAUGCAAAUGCCGGUCAUGAACACACCGGUUGCACCCGUUGCACCCGUCGCACCCGUCACGCAAGUGAUGCAAACUUAUGUUCAACCUACUAUGCAAGCAUCUCAAACGCCUCCUCGUACCUCUUCAAACCCUCCACCUCCGUCGGUUGAUGCUUCCAUCAUUAAGCAGACUCGUAAAGUCGGACUGGAUGAUUUUAAUUUUCUCGCAGUUCUGGGUAAAGGAAAUUUUGGAAAGGUUAUGCUUGCAGAAGAAAAAUAUACCAAACAACUUUAUGCUAUAAAGGUGUUGAAGAAAGAAUUUAUUAUCGAAAACGACGAAGUAGAGAGCACUCGAUCUGAGAAGCGUGUCUUCCAAGCAGCAAAUCAUGGACGUCAUCCAUUCUUACUAGGUCUGCAUUCUUGCUUCCAGACCGACACUCGUAUCUAUUUUGUUAUGGAGUAUAUUAGUGGCGGUGACUUAAUGUUACAUAUUCAAAAGACGCCAUUUACCUACCGUCAGGCACAAUUCUACGCAGCAGAAGUCCUCUUGGCUUUGGAAUAUUUACAUAAGCAGGGCAUUAUAUAUCGAGAUCUUAAACUUGAUAAUAUACUGCUUGCACUUGAUGGACAUAUCAAAAUCGCCGAUUACGGUCUUUGCAAGGAAGAAAUGUGGUAUGGCAAAACAACAAAUACAUUCUGCGGGACACCCGAGUUCAUGGCCCCCGAGAUCCUUUUGGAACAACGGUAUGGUCGCGCCGUCGAUUGGUGGGCAUUUGGUGUUUUGAUAUACGAGAUGCUUUUGGGACAAUCUCCUUUUCGCGGUGAUGAUGAAGAUGAAAUAUUUGAUGCAAUUUUGGAAGACGAGAUUCUAUACCCCAUAAAUAUGUCCCGAGAUUCUGUCUCGAUAUUGCAGAAGUUACUUACAAGGGAUCCGGAACGACGUCUCGGCUCGGGAAAGAAUGAUGCUGAAGACAUUAAGCGUCAUCCCUUCUUUAAAGGUGUUAAUUGGGAUGACAUGCUUUCUAAGAAAGUGCCACCACCAUACUAUCCUACAAUUGCAUCUGCAACCGACACUUCUAAUUUCGAUGAAGAAUUUACAAGAGAAGUACCAGUUCUCACUCCUGUUCACAGUCAUCUAACUACGGCGAAUCAAGAAGAGUUCAAGGGAUUCUCUUACGUAUCAAAUUGG